AUGGGGGAAGCCAGAUUUUUUCUUGGUUUAGAAAUAUGCAGGUCAAAAGAUGGGAUUGUGCUAUCUCAAACUAAAUACACAAAUGACAUCAUCUCUGAUGUGGGAUUAUCUCAAGCAAAGGCUGCAAACACCCCUCUCCCAGCAGGGAUUAAACUGAGCAACAAUGAAGAGGAGCAAAUGCAAAAUCCACAGGCCUACAGAAAACUGUUAGGAAGACUGUUGUACUUGGGGUUCACAAGACCUGAUAUAUGCCAUGGAACUCAGCAACUAAGCCAAUAUAUGCAGCAUCCAAAUAAGUCACAUUGGGAUGCAGCUUUGCAUCUAGUUAAAUAUUUAAAGGGUACAGCUAACAGAGGUCUUUUGUUUAAUGCAGAUAAUGAUUUUCAGUUGCAAGCCUUUUGUGACGCUGAUUGGGCAAGUUGUAAGCACACAAGAAGACAGGUUAUUGCAUCUUUAUUGGAAAAGCAUUAA